UGAAGCCACGGCCAUGUGCAAGUUGGGCAAACAGGGGACACAGGAGAAUGUUUCUUCCCCUUCACGUGCCAGAUCUGAAACAUCGACUCCAUUCAGCUCCACGCUAUUAAUAACAAUCCAAUAUUCUCUCUCUCUCUCUCUCUCUCUCUCUCUCUCUAAACCCGCCAUCCUUGCUCUCUGGCCAAGUCUUUUCUUGUAUGAUUCUUGAUUCAUCUGAAUCCGAUCACAAAUGAAUUCCCGAGGAACGAAGGAGAUUAGCAUGGAUGCUGUCCUGGCAGAAGUUGGAGGUUUGAUAGAGAGAUUGUUGGAACGAAGGAACAAGAAAGGAAAACACAUUCAGCUGGUCGAGCCCGAAAUUCGUCGGCUUUGCAUCGUCGCCAAGCAAGUCUUUCUUGCGCAGCCUAAUCUCCUCGAAUUAGAAGCCCCCAUCAACAUCUGUGGUGACAUACAUGGACAAUACCCAGACCUACUGAGAAUAUUCGAAAGCGGUGGUUUCCCACCAGAUUCAAACUACUUGUUCCUCGGAGACUACGUCGACAGAGGGAAGCAAAGCAUAGAGACCAUCUGCCUCCUCCUUGCCUACAAAAUAAAGUUCCCGGAGAACUUCUUUCUCCUCCGAGGGAACCAUGAGUGUGCCUCCAUUAACCGGAUCUAUGGCUUCUAUGACGAGUGCAAGCGUCGCUUCAGCGUCCGUCUGUGGAAGAUCUUCACGGAUUGCUUCAAUUGCUUGCCAGUGGCAGCAGUGAUUGAUGACAAGAUCAUUUGCAUGCACGGUGGACUCUCGCCGGAGCUUGUGAACUUAGAUCAGAUCAGGGUUCUGGAGAGGCCCAUGGAUGUGCCGGACCAGGGGCUAUUGUGUGACCUACUUUGGGCGGAUCCUGACAGAGAGAUCAAAGGGUGGGGCGAGAAUGACAGGGGCGUUUCCUACACUUUCGGUGCUGACAAAGUGGCAGAGUUCCUAAGGAAACACGACCUCGAUCUAAUAUGUCGUGCUCACCAGGUGGUUGAAGAUGGUUACGAAUUCUUUGCAGACCGACAGCUGGUUACCAUAUUUUCAGCUCCUAAUUACUGUGGGGAAUUCGACAAUGCUGGGGCACUAAUGAACGUGGAUCCGAGUUUGCUAUGCUCGUUUCAGAUUGUCAGGCCAUGGGGUUGAGGAGGAGUGACAACUAACGAGCAGAGGACAUUCAAAACUCAUGGACUGAUUAAUUAUUCCUAAGCUUCCUGUCAUUUCCAAAUAGGAAUGAAUGCACAGGGGGCAAAAAUUUGUGACUAGUGACACUGAUGGCUUUAAAGAAGGUUGAGCUUAAGCUCAUUUCAGGUUUGUGUUUAUAGCGGAAUUUAGCAGAUCAUUCAAAUACUAAUGGUGUAAAUCUAGAGUUGAAUCUUGCAAGGUGGUGUGAGUGAUGUCUUCUGCAACUUCAUGUACAUCCAUAAGAAAUGACAAUGAGGCCAGGUAGACAAUGGUUUGAUUGUGUAAAUGCCUAUCUAGCAGUGUUCUUCGGUGUUUCUGCGAUCCUCUGGCAAGGUGGAAAUAAUAGACAUGCGAUCGACUCCAUAGGA